CGCUGGGUUUCGGGGUGCCCUGACCCCCCGUUCCCCCCCGUUCCCAGAUUACCACGGCGGCCGCUCCCGCAGGAAGAGCGUUCCCGGGGGGAAGCAGUUCAGCAUCAACAUGGACGCGCCGCCCGCGCCCCCCUUCCGGCCCUCGCAAGGCUUCCUGAGCCGCCGCCUCAAGAGCUCCAUCAAGCGCACCAAGAGCCAGCCCAAGCUGGACCGGACCAGCAGCUUCCGGCAGAUCCUGCCGCGCUUCCGCAGCGCCGACCACGACAGGGCCCGGCUGAUGCAGAGCUUUAAGGAGUCGCACUCGCACGAGUCGCUGCUGAGCCCCUCGAGCGCGGCCGAGGCGCUGGAGCUGAACCUGGACGAGGAUUCCAUCAUCAAGGCCGUGCACAGCAGCAUCCUGGGCCAGGAGUUCUGCUUCGAGGUGACGACGGCGUCGGGCACCAAAUGUUUCGCCUGUCGGUCAGCGGCCGAGAGGGACAAAUGGAUCGAGAACCUGCAGCGCGCCGUGAAGCCCAACAAGGACAACAGCCGCCGCGUGGACAACGUGCUGAAGCUGUGGGUGAUCGAGGCGCGCGACCUGCCGCCCAAGAAGCGCUACUACUGCGAGCUGUGCCUGGACGACAUGCUGUAUGCGCGCACCACCAGCAAGGCCCGCACCGACAACGUCUUCUGGGGCGAGCACUUCGAGUUCAACAACCUGCCGGCCGUGCGCACCAUCCGCCUGCACCUCUACAAGGACACCGACAAGAAGAGGAAGAAGGACAAGAGCAACUACGUGGGCAUGGUGAGCAUCCCCAUCGCCAGCGUCACCGGGCGGCACUUCGCCGAGCAGUGGUACCCCCUGAGCCAGCCCAGCGGCAGCAAGAGCAAGGCCGGGUGCCCGGCGCUGCGGGUCAAGAGCCGCUUCCAGACCAUGAGCAUCCUGCCCAUGGAGCUCUACAAGGAGUUCGCCGAGUACGUCACCAACAACUACCGCAUGCUCUGCGCCGUGCUGGAGCCCGUGCUCAGCGUCAAGAGCAAGGAGGAGGUGGCCUGCGCGCUGGUGCACAUCCUGCAGAGCACUGGCAAGGCCAAGGACUUCCUGUCGGACAUGGCCAUGACGGAGGUGGAUCGUUUCAUGGACCGGGAGCAUCUGAUCUUCCGGGAGAACACCUUGGCCACCAAAGCCAUCGAGGAGUACCUGAAGCUCAUCGGCCAGAAAUACCUCAAGGAUGCCAUUGGCGAGUUCAUCCGUGCGCUCUACGAGUCGGAGGAGAACUGCGAGGUGGACCCCAUGAAGUGCUCGGCCUCCACCCUGGCCGACCACCAGGCCAACCUGCGCAUGUGCUGCGAGCUGGCGCUCUGCAAGGUGGUCAACUCCCACUGCGUGUUCCCGCGGGAGCUGAAGGAGGUGUUCGCCUCGUGGCGGCUGCGCUGCGCCGAGCGCGGGCGCGAGGACAUCGCCGACCGCCUGAUCAGCGCCUCGCUCUUCCUGCGCUUCCUGUGCCCCGCCGUGAUGUCCCCCAGCCUCUUCGGCCUCAUGCAGGAGUACCCCGACGAGCAGACGGCACGGACGCUGACCCUCAUCGCCAAGGUCAUCCAGAACUUGGCCAACUUCACCAAGUUCGGGAGCAAGGAGGAGUACAUGGCGUUCAUGAACGAGUUCCUGGAGCUGGAGUGGGCCAGCAUGCAGCAGUUCCUGUACGAGAUCUCCAACCUGGACACGCUGACCAACAGCACCAGCUUCGAGGGCUACAUCGACCUGGGCCGCGAGCUGUCCACGCUGCACGCGCUGCUCUGGGAGGUCAUGAGCCAGCUCAGCAAGGAGGCGCUGCUGAAGCUGGGCCCGCUGCCGCGGCUGCUGACGGACAUCAGCGUGGCGCUGCGCAACCCUCACCUGCAGCGCCAGCCCAGCCAGGGCGAGCGGCUGCCGCCCAAGGGGCUGGUGCUGCGCGGGCCCUCGGCCGACCUGCAGCCCUACCUCGUGCGCGACCUCAACAGCUCCGUGGAUCUCCAGUCCUACAUGGUCCGGGGGCUCAACAGGUGUGCCCACCAGCGAUCCAAUUGUGCCCCAUGUCCCGCGUCGCAGACGCCGUCCACGCUGAACCCGGUGCUGCCGGCGUCCGAGCGCACGGUGGCCUGGGUGUCCAACAUGCCGCACCUGUCGGCCGACAUCGAGAGCGCGCACAUCGAGCGCGAGGAGUACAAGCUCAAGGAGUACUCCAAGUCCAUGGACGAGAGCCGGCUGGACCGGGUGAAGGAGUACGAGGAGGAGAUCCACUCGCUGAAGGAGCGGCUGCACAUGUCCAACCGCAAGCUGGAGGAGUACGAGCGGCGCCUGGUGACGCAGGAGGAGCAGACCAGCCGCAUCCUCCUGCAGUACCAGCAGCGCCUGGAGCUCAGCGAGAAACGGCUCCGGCAGCAGCAGCAGGAGAAGGACUCGCAGAUCAAGAGCAUCAUCGGCAGCUGUCCGUCAGGUAGCGCGGCCCGGCCCCGCCAGUGGCACCGGACCCUCGGCCACCGGUGACACCCCAGGUGGGUCCUUGUCCCCUCCCUGUCACCCCCCAGGCCGCACAGGGGGACCCUUGGGGACACGGAUCCGAGAUGUCCCCAAGACCCUCUCGUGUCCCCGGGGGACACUGGGAACCCUUGGGGACAUGGAUCCGGAAUGUCCCCAAGCGCUCUGCUGGCCCCAAGGGACACUGGGGACACUUGGCAGGUGUCCCCAUGUCCCUCCCGUGUCCCCAUGUCCCUCCCGUGUCCUUCAGGCACACUGGGGACCCUUGGGGACACAAACCCAAGAUGUCCCCAAGACCCUCCUGUGUCACUAAGGGACAUUGGGGACCCUUGGGGACAGGGAUCUGGAAUGUCCCCGUGUCCCUGCUGUGUCCCCAUGUCCCUCGUGGGCACUGGGGACACGGAUCCAAGAUGUCCCCAAGACCCUUUUCUGUCCCCAAGGACAUGGAUUGGGGACAUGGAUCUGGAGUGUCCCCAAGGGACAUUGGGGACCCUUGGGGACACGGAU